AUGUUGCCACCAAAGGGGCACAACGCCAGCAGGGCCUUGCGCGGAUGGCACCAAAGCAGUGGUGCCAGGAUUGGCCUCGUCAAGAGCUCUUACCCCAUCUGGGAGGACUUCAACUCCAAGGCGACCAAGCUGCACUCCCAGCUCAGGACUACAGUGCUGGCCGCCGUCGCCUUCCUCGAUGCCUUCCAGAAAGUGGCCGACAUGGCCACCAACACCCGAGGGGCCACACGUGACAUCGGCUCGGCGCUCACCCGCAUGUGCAUGAGGCACCGCAGCAUCGAGGCCAAGCUCCGGCAGUUCACCAACGCCCUCAUGGAGAGCCUCAUCACCCCGUUGCAGGACAGGAUUGAGGACUGGAAGAAAACGGCCAACCAGCUGGACAAGGACCACGCAAAAGAGUACAAGCGCGCCCGGCACGAGAUCAAGAAGAAAUCCUCCGACACCCUCAAGCUCCAGAAAAAGGCCCGCAAAGAGCUGCUGGGCAAGGGGGACCUGCAGCCCCAGCUGGACAAUGCGCUGCAGGACGUCAAUGACAUGUACCUGCUGCUGGAGGAGACGGAGAAGCAGGCGGUGCGCAAGGCGCUCAUCGAGGAGCGGGGCCGCUUCUGCACCUUCAUCACCUUCCUGCAGCCCGUGGUGAACGGCGAGAUCACCAUGCUGGGAGAGAUCACCCACCUGCAGGGCAUCAUCGACGACCUGGUGGUGCUCACAGCUGAGCCCCACAAGCUGCCCCCCGCCAGCGAGCAGGUCAUCAAGGACUUGAAGGGCUCUGACUACAGCUGGUCCUACCAGACGCCUCCGUCCUCUCCCAGCAGCUCCAGCUCCCGCAAGUCCAGCAUGUGCAGCAGCGUGAGCGGUGUCAAGGGUGGCAUCCCGUGGUCCGGCGGGUCCCAAACUUGCUCACCAAGUUCCACCUAUCGCUACCGCAGCCUGGCGCAGCCGGUCAACGCGGGCACGCGUCUGUCCAGCGUCUCCUCGCACGACUCGGGCUUCAUCUCCCAGGACGCCACCUACUCCAAACCACCUUCUCCGAUGCCCUCGGACAUCACCAGCCAGGGAUCCCGUCCAGCGGCACAUUCCCAGGCCUCGGAGACCUGCCAGUCGGUUAGCGAGUGCAGCUCCCCCACCUCGGAUUGGUCCAAGGCCAGCCCCUACGAGCAGCCCGUGGUGAGCACCCUGCAGAGGCGCAAGGACCGCGUGGAGCAUCUGCGGGAAGCUGAGAUGGCCUCGGCCGCCAUGGGCUACCCAGGCAUCAGCGUUGAGGAAGCUCCCAGGCCCCGCAUGUCACCAGCCACCAUUGCUGCCAAGCAUGGCGAGGAGGUGUCCCCCGCUGCCAGCGACCUGGCCAUGGUCUUGACCCGAGGGCUGAGCCUGGAGCACCAGAAGAGCAGCCGGGACUCGCUGCAGUAUUCCAGCGGUUACAGCACACAGACGACCACCCCGUCCUGCUCCGAGGACACCAUCCCUUCCCAAGGCUCCGACUACGACUGCUACUCUGUGAACGGCGACGUGGAGUGCGAGCCCCAGAGCGAGUUCGACAAGUCCUCCACCAUCGCCGGGGCCCCCACCCCGCCGGCCGGCCCCACGCCGGGGGUCGCCCCCAUCCGCCGCACGCCCUCCACCAAGCCCUCGGUCCGCCGCACCCUCUCUAACGCGGGCCCCAUCCCCAUCCGGCCCCCCAUCGUCCCCGUGAAGACCCCCACAGUGCCCGACUCUCCCGGCUACACCGGCCCCACGCGGGUAGGCAGCGAAGAGUGCGUGUUUUACGCUGAUGACGCCUCACCAGGCACCAUGGAUUUUGCCAAAGCUUCGCCCAAGCGGCUGAGCCUCCCCAAUACCGCCUGGGGCAGCAACGUCAUGGAGAUCUCCGUCUACCCAGGGGCCAGCCAGCACCUCUCCACUGAGGAAGAGGAGGACCAGCAGCUGGCUGCCAACCGGCACAGCUUGGUGGAGAAGAUCGGUGAGCUGGUGGCCAGUGCCCAUGCCCUGGGCGAAGGGCAGUUCCCCUUCCCUACGGCGCUGUCGGGCCCCGGCCCCGGUGAGGAGACACCUACUCCACCGCCAGCAGCCUCCAUGGACCCCCCGGCCGAAGACAUGCUGGUGGCCAUCCGGCGCGGCGUGCGCCUGCGGAGGACCGUCACCAACGACAGAUCGGCCCCACGGAUAUUGUGAUGGAGCCCCUGGUCCGCGCCGGCCCCAUCCCUCGCCGUGCC